AUGCGCUAUGACUCCGCUUGCUUUCUCGAUUUCUCUGUGUUUUGCUUUUUUCGGCCUUUGCGCUAUCACUUCAGAGUGGCUGUGGCCGGUCCUUUGCGACUUCUUCGUUUUUCUGCUCCACAAUUUGGGCUGACGGCUCUGAAAGGACGGAGGUCGACGUGUCGGAUGCAAAAAUCAGCAGAGAGGCAGAAGAUGGUCAGACGCGAUAAUAGGGGUAGGCUUGGAUGUAAGCGAAAGUAGCGAAUGGCACGUCCAAGUCUUACGUCUAUUCGAGGUUUAUACCGGAAUGUGUAAGCAAGGCUCUGAACGGGUAUAGCUGUCUUGUUUCUUUUUCCUUCUUCGCGUUGAAAAUUUUGUCGUCUUUGCUUUCUUUUCUGUCGUCCCUUGCUUGUUACUUUUCUGAUACCACUCCUCUUUGUGUCCGAUCCUUCGUCCAAAUCGUGUCCCCACGCGAGCCAGUAGGACGUCUUCUCCAACGUAUUCUGAAACAUACAGUCACUCAAGCUGUCAUCGAAUCCUCGAUCGACACGCCCCAUGGCCGUUCUAUUGUACCUCUGCGCUGCCACGUUCACACGGGCAUGAGAGCAGGCGGCUGGGUGCGUCAGCGGAAAUUCCGCCGCUCCAAGACCCCCCCAAUUCCACGU